GGGAAAACGAAAGUCAAGAGGCGGAAACCGCAACUCAGCUCGCCUAUAAAUAAAGUGCGCAUGAGGCGAGCUUCCGCAUUCAACUUGCAGCACAGCUUCAGGCAGACGGAUGUCACGCCAUUGAUCCAGCUUUGUAAAACUGAACAAGCAAGAAUACCUCGUAAAUGUGGAGAAGAGGACAAAAAGACGGCAUGAACCACAAUAUCGGACAACGCACUGAUGAAGGAAGAGGAAGUAGACAUGGAGGCACACACGACAGAAGCAAUAGAGGCCGCCUGAUGAGACUCGGCCAACCAGAGGUGGUAGAUGCGAAGGGAGGAGGUAGUGGAGCACUUAAACGUAAUGAGGAGAUGGCUGGAGGAGGGGGGAAUUUGUGGCUAGGGAGCGAAGGAGCGCUCGGCGAGAAAUACCAAAAGAAUUGGAUGGUAUUUGAAUAUGGAGGGAAAGGAGCUCAGAGAGGGGGAGGAGCCGGCGGGAGUGGAUGUCAAGGGGGCGGGGAAAGGCAAAGAUAUCGUACAGGGUCCAAUGGAAGAAGAGACGGCGCUGGUGAAAGACAGCGUUGUAACAGGGGGGGAUCGGCUUCCACAAGCAGAGACGCAACCCCGCAGGGUCCUCGAGGUGCUAGCAGGGCAAGACGUCAAGAGGGCGGGGAAAGACAAGCAUGUCGUACGGGAGGAGACGGAAGAAGAGACGGCACAGGUAAUAGUCAGAGUCGUAACAAAGAGAGUUCCACAAGCAGAGAUGGUGUGCCGCAAGGUCCUCGAUGGACACGCGGGAGAGGACAUCAAGGAGACAGGGAAAGACAAGGACGUCAGACGUGGCGCGACGGAAGAAGAGAUGACACCGGUGACAGCCAGAGUCAGAACCGAGGGAGCGCCGCAUGCAGAGACGGUGUGCCGCAGGGUCCUCGACUGGGCUUUAAAUCCCUCCAGGAGCUUUCCGAAAAGGAGCCGUCCGUCGUGGCCUUUACCCUGUGCUCUCACCCGGCUCUGCCGGGUAUGCUACUGGAGACCGACAUGAGGCAGGACCUUGUGGAACUCCUCUGCCUGGUGCUCAGCAAAGCCUUCAAGUCGCACUCCAACCGAGUCACUCUGCAGCGCCUGGCUAGCAUCUUAAAAGACUCUGGCUUCUUUCGCACCACCCUGCCCCACUACCUGGCAGGCAUGAGGUCAGAGUCCAGGCCGGACCGCAGAAGACAAUACCCUUUGCACAUAGAAAACAUUGUGCUGAUUCUUACACAGGUCCUCACCAACUUCCCCGCUAGCUCCACCGAAGCUGUCAGCUUGCUACUGACGCUGCUCCGAGCCUCCACGGACGAACUGAGGACAGCAGGAGUUAAUGUAUCAGCUGAGUUGGUGGAGAAAGUGCAGAGGCUUGAGGAUCUGGUCAAGCACCUCCAGGAGAGGUCUCGGGAAGGAACUCUCCACAAGAGCAGGGACACCUAUGGUCUUCUUCCGUUUGGUUUGUCAGGUGAAGAGGACGAGGCCCCGGUUUUCAGGACCAUGCCCAUCUACCCAACUCCUGAGGAGUUCGUCCAAGACCACAGGCCCUUCCUCAGACCAAACAUCACUUCGCAGCGAUACACAAACACCCUCAUCUACCUGGACACACACUUCAGGCUCAUGAGGGAGGACUUGGUGCGGCGACUCCGCGAAGGGAUCCAGCAGUUACGGCAGAUGCAAUUGCAGGCAAACAAUGCGGAGCUGAAGAAAAAGCACUUUGACGACAUCCUUGUCUAUUUUGAUGUGAAACUGGAAGCGCAAAAGUACAUGCUGACUGGUCUUGCCUAUGUUGUCCAGUUUGAUGUCGAACCAUUCAAGUUUUUGCGCUGGGAGAACUCAAGGAGAUUGCUCUACGGCUCCCUGGUCUGCCUCUCUUGUGAUAAUUUCGAGAGCUUCCUGUAUGCCACGGUGGCAGACCGGGAUCCCAAGAGCCUUAACGAGGGGAAGGUCACCAUUAUGUUCACGGACGACAGCAGAUUCAAGCUGGCCAGAAUGGAGAAAGAGCAAGUGUUUUUGAUGGUUGAGACCCCCGCCUACUUUGAGGCCUAUCGGUAUGUUCUGGAAGGCCUGCAAGAACAAGAUGAGGAUUUACUUCCCUUUCAAAGGUAUAUCGUGGAGUGUAGCAAAGAUGUGCAGCCCCCAGCAUAUCUGCCAGGAAGCGACAUUUAUGACCUGUCAUCCAUCGCUGAAGCUAACUACAAGGAGCGCAUCCGACCCUUUCACAGCCUGAAUGUAGAUGCCUGGCCUAAGAAGGAGGUGUUUAGCUUGGAUGAUUCCCAGAUGAGUGCCCUCGAACUGGCUCUCACCAAGGAGCUGGCCAUUAUACAGGGACCCCCCGGCACUGGAAAAACCCAUGUCGGCUUAAAGAUAGCACAGGCUCUCUUGGAUAAUGACAGUCUUUGGAAAAACACAGGGAGAAAUUCUCAGAUGCUGGUAGUGUGUUACACCAACCAUGCGUUGGAUCAGUUCCUUGAGGGGAUCUAUAAGUUUAUGCCCAGGGGCAUCGUGCGAGUGGGGGGCCGCAGCAACAGUGAGCUCCUGAAGAGUUUCAACCUGAGAGAAGUGGCUCUUUCACUCAUGUUCAAACAGCGACAGCCGUCUUACCUGCGCCAUGCAUUCAAAGAGGUUCACUUGGAGUUGCAUGCUUUGGAGGAUGAGAUUAAGAAACACGGCCGCCAACUUCAUUGUUCUCGAACCGGUAUCCUGCAAGAGAAAAUCCUCGAGAAAUUCAUAAUGGAAAAACACUGGAGCAGUCUGCACCAACCACUUGAUCUCGGAAUAUGGAACGGCAGGUCCAGUUUAAUAACGGAGUGGUUAGGGUUGGGUCCCGGAGGCAUCCUCCAGAUGGAGACAGAGGACACAAAUAUGGAUGAAGAUGAGGUCGUGACAGAGUCAGAACAGGUGCAACUCAUUGAAGUCACAGAGGAGGCCGAUCUGAUCCAGGCGGAACGCAUCAUUGAGGACAACAUUGACACUAAACGCAGGUAUGACGCCAAAAAGGAACAUCUCAUGGAGGCGAUGGCCCUCAAAACAAUGCAGAAAUCUAUGCUGGCGAUGAGCUUGGAUCAGGAUGACAAAAAGCCUGAGGAGACAGAGCAAGAAUGGACGUUUCAACGGGACCAGAAACGGAAGAUGAAGCGCAAAAUCACAAGAGAGCUGGGCAAUGAGACCGCUAUGAGUGAAGCAGAGGAAAGGAGAAUCCUGGAUAUUUGGGCCCUCAGCAUGGCAGACCGAUGGAGACUCUAUCGGUUGUGGAUGGUACGCUUCAGAGCCGAUAUCCGUAAGGACGCGGUAAUCUACGAAGAGCAAUACCAGGAGGCAGCGGACCGAUACGCUGAAAUCAAACGCGACGAGACUUUCACAAUUCUUCAGAUGGCCAAGGUCAUCGGCAUGACUACGACAGGGGCGGCCAAGUUCCGGAAGGUCCUACAGGAGCUGCGCCCGCCUGUGGUGAUUGUAGAAGAGGCGGCAGAGGUUCUCGAGGCCCACAUCAUCACCGCACUGAGUGACGCGUGUGAGCACCUCAUUCUCAUCGGAGACCACCAACAGUUGCGCCCCAGUUCCACAGAGUAUGACCUGGAAAGGAACUACAAAAUGGGGGUGUCCAUGUUUGAGAGGCUGGUCAAUAUGGGACUUCCUUUUGUCAGACUCAACCAACAGCAUCGCAUGCGCCCAGAAAUCGCCCGCCUGCUGACUCCACACAUUUAUAAAGAUCUGGAAAACCAUCCCUCUGUGUUGAACUUUGAAAACAUUAAGGGCCUGAAAACCAAUUUGUUCUUUGUGGAGCACAACCAACUUGAAAAACAGUUCAAGGAGGCGAAAAGCCAUCAGAACCUACACGAGGCCACGUUUGUAGUUGCUCUUUGCCGUUAUCUUCUCCUUCAAGAGUAUAAACCAGAGCAAAUUACCAUCCUAACAACCUACACAGCCCAGCUCCAAUGUCUGCGCCGACUUAUGCCAGCCAGCCAAUUCUCAGGCGUCAGAGUCCAUGUUGUGGAUAAAUAUCAAGGAGAAGAGAAUGACAUUGUUUUGUUGUCUUUGGUGCGCAGCAACAUGCAGGGUAAAGUCGGCUUCUUGAACAUCUCCAAUCGCGUUUGCGUCGCCUUGUCUCGGGCCAAGAAAGCUCUCUACUGCAUCGGCAACAGUGAGAUGCUGGGACAGGUCAAGCUGUGGAGCGACAUCUUCAGCACCUUGAGGGAGAAGGAUCAGGUCGGGGGUUCCCUGACCCUGUGCUGUCAGAAUCAUCCGGAGCGGCAAGUCCAAGCCUCUUGUGCUGAUGAUUUCAAUCAGGCUCCCGAAGGAGGCUGCACCCAACCCUGUGAGUUCCGUUUGAACUGCGGUCAUGUGUGCACAAUUGUCUGCCACCCCUAUGACCAGGACCACAAAAACUACAAAUGCGUCAAGGACUGUACAAAAAUUAUAUGCCUUUUGGGACACACGUGUACACUUGUUUGCCAUGCACAGUGUCCAAAAGAAUGUCCAGUCAGGGUUGAAAAGAUCAUACCUAAGUGUCAGCACAAACAGAUGGUUCCCUGUCAUCAGGACCCAGACACCUUCGUGUGCAAAAUUCCUUGCCAGAGUACGCUCCAGUGUGGACAUCGCUGUGGCUUGUGGUGUGGACUGCCGUGCACCAGCAGGUGCAUGGUCAACGUCAUGCUACAACUGAGGUGCGGCCACAGCCAGGAGGGCGCUUGUUUCUACCAAACUCAAGAAGAUGAGCCUCCGUGUAAGACCCCGUGUGAGCAGCAGCUAAUAUGUGGCCAUGCCUGUCGCGGAACGUGUGGCCAGUGUUACAAUGGUCGCUUCCACUUCCCCUGUUUUCAUCAAUGCGACCGUCUUCUGAUAUGUUCCCACAAGUGCACAGGGCCCUGUACCCGUGACUGCCCCCCCUGUCAGAAGCCAUGUGAGAACUGUUGCGUCCACAGCAAGUGCAUGAAGAUGUGUGGGGAGCCCUGCACUCCGUGCAAUGAGCCUUGCGCUUGUCAGUGCCCUCACCAAAGCUGCAGCAAGCUUUGCCAUGAGCCGUGCGAUCGGCCGCCAUGCACCCAGCCCUGUGCCCAGACCUUGGGUUGCGGCCACCCGUGCAUCGGACUGUGUGGGGACAAAUGUCCGAACAAAUGUCGUAUCUGUCACGAAGAUGAAGUCACAGAUAUUUUCUUUGGAAUGGAGGAUGACCCUGAGGCUCGCUUCAUCCAGCUGGAAGACUGCGGCCACAUCAUCGAACACACGUCCAUGGACUCAUACAUGGAUGACAAGAACCACACGAAUAAAGAAGGGCAGGUGGCCAUAAAGCUGAAGGACUGUCCAAAGUGUCGAACUCCGAUCCGCAAGAACCUACGUUACGGAUCUCAGAUCAACAGAAGUCUGACAGCGAUUGAGAUGGUGAAGAAAAAGAUAAAUGGGGAUCAGGUUGACACGAAGAAGCGCAGUGGGGAGCUUAAGAUUUCUUUGCUGGGUCUAUCUGGCCAAGGUAUCCUUGGGGAAGACCAAUACUUGCAUAUGGAACGCAUUCUGACAAGCAACCACGUCACGGUAAAUGACAUAUGGGUCCUGGAGAACAAGAUGAACUUCCUGUUGAAGAUUCAGAAAUUACUGAAGGUUGUACGGGAUGAGACAAACGCUGAAGUUAACAAGUUCAGGAACACGAUAGACAUCUUCCUGUUGUGGGUCAAUAACUUCCACCAGAAAUUCACUGAGCAGCAGAUAUUUGAUUUGCAAAGAGAGGUGCAGAAGCUCAUGCUCUGGGCGGAAUUCAUCGCCCUUUGCAGCACGGCAGUGAAACUAAGGAAAAGUAACAAUAUUGAAACUGAGAAACAGAUAGUGGAUGAGGCAUUGGGAAAGCACGGCCAAUUCACCGAGCAGGACGAACAAGGAGUGAACGAGGCCUUGAACGUGAUGAAGCAAAAGGUCCCCGUCACAGGUUUGGGGAUCAGCGACGAAGAGAGAAAGAUGAUCGUUUCGGCCAUGAAGAUGCGGUCUGGACACUGGUAUCAAUGCCCCAAUGGCCACGUCUAUGUUAUUACUGAGUGCGGUGGGGCUAUGGAGGCUCGACGCUGCACCGAUUGCGAUGCCAUCAUUGGCGGGGGCAACCACAUGCUGGCCAGCGGCAACACAGUUGCGUCGGUGAUGGACGGGGCACAGUACGGUGCUUGGUCCGAAGCCAACAACCUCAUUAACUUCGGAGAUCUUUACCUAGACUAGGCUUACAUGCUAUUUUAUAUUUUAAUUUUUUACUUUACCAUCAAGUAUUUUUUUCUUCCAAUUCCUAAACUACAGUGAACCUUCGCCAUUUGCAUGGGUUAGGGGCGGGAUCAACCUUUGACGUGAUUCGUACUCUCAUGCUUUAAAUAUACCACAAACAACUCUUUAUUGCUCGUACCUGUUGCUGUGUAGUGCGUUGUUACAAGCUGAUCAGCUAUUAACCGGCAACACAGUGAGACCUUUUUCUGCAUCAUUUUGAGAGGUUUACCGGACUGCUUUCUCAAGCAGAGCCUCGCCUGCCGGUCUGAUCUCUAUUGGAACUUUCAUGCUGAAUGUUUUCGAGCCGGCUGGCUAGCUGGUGGUAAACGCUAGCGAUUCCACUGCUAACAUGGCACCUUACAAGGAGCAGGGGAAAAAAAACACAAUAAUAAGCAAAUUGGCAUUGAUAGGUGCCCUUUUCAGAAAAAGGUUUCUGUUAUGUAUUAUGCAUUCAAUAGAAAAAUAAGUAGGUGAGCUGAAUGGCGAUUCACGAUUUGUACACAGACCUGCGGAAUUUAUUAAUUUAAGUAAUUUUGGGACGAUAGAAGUCUUCAAUUAACCUAACAUGGAUUUGUGGAGUCGAUUCAAGCUGACUUAUUGUGAGAAAGCGAGGUACUCUCCACAGAAGACGGCUCGAGCUGAGAUUCGAACACGAAAGCUUUUGACUGAGACGCUCUAACCACGUUACGUAGUACAAUAAAGUGGCAUGCAUAAAACAAAAGUGGCACUCUGUUGUUGUAAAUUGUGUUGCUUUUAUGGUAUUGUUGUAACCGUUUCAACUCCUCUGCUGUGUUUGCUAUGUCUUUGCGACACCAAAAAUGCACAUGGGUCCAUGUAUGGUCAUCAAAGUAGUAAAUAAAAAGAAGCCAAAAAUGUCAA